CUUGACGUCACAAUUAGGAGUUCCUAUAAACUCCCCUAAACCUAACGGGAGCCGGGACAAGUUCUUCGGCGGGCGAGGGAUCCGCAGGCGCGGCGCGAGCGGGAAGGAAGGAGGAAGGAGGAAAGCAAGGACGAAGGACGGACUGGAAGGCAAGGGCCACAUGCGGGGCCCGGUCCCGCCGCGCCUCCAAACGGCUCUUCGUCGCGGCCGCCGGGAAGCCAGAGCCGCCCGAGGCUGACUUGGGCUCCUGGAGGCGCCAUGGAAGUGGCCAGCUCCCCCGCCAGCCCGCUCCUGCCCUUCGCCUUGAGCCUGAACGAUAGCCCCUCCGGGGGCCCCAGUUCGGGCAAUGCCACCGCCUCGGAAGAAACCUGGGUGGUGGGCAUGGGCAUCCUCAUGUCCCUGAUCGUGCUGGCCAUCGUCUUUGGCAACGUCCUGGUGAUCACCGCCAUCGCCAAGUUCCAGAGGCUCCAGACGGUCACCAACUACUUCAUCACCUCCCUGGCCUGUGCCGACCUCCUGAUGGGCCUGGGAGUGAUCCCCUUUGGCGCCAGCCACAUCAUCCAGCGCACCUGGAAGUUUGGGAACAUCUGGUGCAAGCUCUGGACCUCCAUCGAUGUGCUGUGUGUCACGGCCAGCAUUGAGACCCUCUGCGUCAUCGCCAUGGACCGCUACUUUGCCAUCACCUCCCCUUUCAAGUAUCAAAGCCACCUGACCAAGAAUAAAGCCCGGGUGAUCAUCUUGUUGGUUUGGGUCAUCUCCAUCCUGACCUCCUUCUUGCCAAUCCAGAUGGACUGGGACAAAGCUGACAUCCCUGAGGCUGAGAAAUGCUACAAGGAUGAAAACUGUUGUGAUUUCUUCAUCAAUGGAGGCUAUGCCAUCAUUUCUUCCGUCAUCUCCUUCUACCUGCCAUUGGUGGUCAUGGUUUUUGUCUACGGGAGGGUCUUCCAGGUUGCCCGGAAGCAGCUCAAGAAGAUAGACAAGUGCGAGGGCCGGUUCCACCAGCAGAGCUCCCAACAGGAACAGAAUGCAGGAAGAGCCGGUCACAGGAGAGUGUCCAAGUUUUGCUUGAAGGAACACAAAGCUCUCAAAACCCUGGGCAUUAUCAUGGGCACGUUCACGUUGUGUUGGCUCCCGUUCUUCAUUGUCCACUUUGUGCAUGCCAUCAAUGAACACGUGAUCCCCAAAUCCCUGUACGUGAUCUUGAACUGGCUGGGAUAUGUCAAUUCUGCCUUCAACCCCUUAAUUUACUGCCGUAGCCCAGACUUUAGGUAUGCUUUCCAGGAGAUCCUCUGCUUCCGGAGGUCUGCCUUGAAAAUGUACAUCAACGGGUAUUCCAAUAGCACUGGAAAAAAUGACUUCAUUGGGGAUCACAAUAGCUUUCAUGCGGGGCGAGAAAAGGCCUGUGAAUUGCUCUGUGAAGAAGACAGCCUUCCUCCUGGGGAAGAGCAUUUGCAUUGUAAAGAGAUUCCUGGGUAUCCUGGAAUGGUUGAAAGCUGAAUGGGCAAAACUGUCCUCUUCAUCAUUUGCAACUGGCCAGAAGCUUGUGGGAAGUCGAGAUCAAGUUCAGCUAUACUUCUGUCCCAAUGGGGAAAUGAUAUGUUCCUUUCCAGAAGGAUUUUAAAAAGGCAGAAAGUAUACUGGGACAGUGGGCUGUGUGAUGCACAUGGAGAUCUGCAGUGAAUGAAUCAUACCAGGGACACAACUUUGAGAGAUCAAAUUCAUUCUGCAAAUCUGCUGCUUGAGAUUGACUUGGUGGAGUCUAUGCAGUGCAGGAAUGAAAGGUGUUCUUGGAGCUGAAUGGUAUGAGUUCCCAACAUCAGGGGAAACAUUAACACAAUCGUUUUUACACAUACUGUCUCCAGAAGAUAUAAGAAGCUGAAAAAGGAUUGGGAAGGACACCAAGCAUCAGGCUUCCUAGAGAAGCCUGCAGAUUGUUCAGCUUGGGACUGGAUCACAAUGGAAACCAGGCAAUUUAGAGGUAAAAUGAAAUUUGGGAAAAAGGCACUGAAGAGCAGUAUUAAAACCAGCUUGAAUUCACAAUACAUUGUCAAAAUCAUUUUUAAUUACCUUUGGCCAACUCUUUCAGAACAAAGAAUCUUCUCCUAGAAGUCAUGUAGCACCAUAUAGUAGACAAAAAGAAAUCAUUAUCCUACAAUAGGAUUUUUUUUAAAAAAAACCCUCAGUCUUUUCUUCUGAAAAACAUAUUUCCUCAGUAUUUACCAGCUUAGUUUUUCAGAUACAGUUUGUUCUGAGGUUGACGUCUCUGCAAUUUCAUUUAAGAUGGCGAGAUGUCAGAAUCUGGAGGCAGCUUCUUAUUCCCCCCCCCCUUUCUCCUCCUAACUACCCCUUCUUCAUACCCAUUUAUUGAUGCAAGUUUACAUGCAUGAGCCUAAAGCUAUUAUAGUAUGACCAAACACUUUCUCUGGCUGAGAAACCUUGACUUGUUUACUCAACUCACAUCAGGUGCUGAAAAAUACUCCUCAUUAUUUUGCUAGGAUAAAAUCUGGCCAUUCCAGAUCUUUUUAAGAAGGAAAAAGAGUUUCAGUAGAACUUCUGGAAAGAACAGACAAGUGUGGAGGGGGGCUUAUGGGAGGAAUUUAGAGUGGAAUAGCUCAGGUAAUGGGAUACUCUUUAGAAAUGUGGUUUUACUAUAGCAAACCUGCAUGCCUGGUCCACUAAGAACUCUGAAGCAUUUAAAACACUGCUUUCUGUUGUAAUUUUUCAAAGCCUAGAAGCUAACACUGAGCUUUACGUUGCAGAAGAAAAGGCCCUUUGUUUUAAUGGCUAUAGGAAGGCGUUGUCCUGUAAAGCAUAAAGGAUGCCUGGAGCUUUUCCAUGAAUUAUGAAGAUACCAUGUCCCAUCACUUCUACGUGAUGAAAUCCAACAUUGCCUAGAAUCAAAUGACUUUUCAGCCAUCAUCAUUUGUGACUACAAAAAAAAAAGGAGAACCGUGAGCUCUCAGCUGCAGGAAAACUCAUCCAUCAACAGAGAGACUGCUGUUCUUUUUGUUCAGGACAAGAAAUUAUUGUAUGGCUGCUUGCUGUCAUGGACUAUGCACAUGUAUGAACUUACGUUUCUUGGACAUUUUUAAAUUUCUGAAUCCCUGUGUGUUACAGUGGAUUUAGAGGGAGCAGAUCAGGCAUUCUGAUAUGGAAUCAAGAGUUGCCCUAGAGUUGGAACUGUUAUUUAUGUAUUUAUUUAUUGGAUGAUUUAUUGGUUGAGGAUAGUGACAACGAUCCUGAAGAUGUAAGAGGUGAUUGCAGUUUCUUUGUCUGCCUUCCUUGCUAAAGCGGAGGCAACAACAAAUCUCCGUAAGCCACUGAUUCCACCAAAAUAAAAUUGAGACUUUA